AUGAUCAACGUUUUUGAAAUCAGAAUCGACUGUUUUGGGUAUAAAUCGACUCCUGCGGUCGUAUUUUGGCAAUGGGCAAAUCAGUCUUUUAACGCAUUGGUGAACUACACUAAUAGAAAUGCGAAAAGUGCAAUGACAACUAAGGAUUUGCUUGUGGCUUACACUACUGCCGUUGGCGGUGCCCUAGGAGUUGCAGUUGGAAUGAAACAAUAUUUUGCAAAACGACAAGUCAGCACUUUGAUGCAGAAAAUGGUUCCAUUUGUAGCCGUCGCUGUUGCGAACGCCAUCAAUAUUCCACUGAUGCGACAGAAGUAUGAAUUUUUAUAUUUGAAAAAUUCCGAAGAUCGGUAG